UUGAGUAUGUGAAAAUGAUAAGUGUCAAGGAAAUGGCUGACAAUAUUGAUCCCACCUUCACAAAGUCAGAGGGAAGGAUGGCAGCCUUUGGUAAAUACUUGAAAAGCCUUGUUCAGAUGAACACAGAGAGAAAACUUGCAGAGCUAGAAAAUGUGCUGGAUGAAGUGUUAAAAGGAACACUUGAAGGCUUGGAGCAACUUGACAUCUUCUUGGAAGCAAUAGAGAAGCUGGCUGUGACUUCACUGAAUGUCUUCACUGAGAACCAGAUUUUACACCUUCCUGAGACGAUCAGCUUCAACGAUGUUCAAGUUGUCAUCAAAGAUGCAAGACAGAUCUGCCCUCUACUGCUGGAGUUCAAAAGAGAUGCAAAGUCCUUCUUCCUUCCUAAACUUCACAAUGUGGAAGUGCUUACAUCACAACUUCAAAAGUACAUACAGACCACCAAACGUUUAAUUCAUGCAACAAGCUUCAACUUUGAAAUUUCCUUGGAAAUGGCUGAAGAAAUAGCCGUGGAUCCAGAUGGUCUGAGUGAAAAUGAGAUGCAAAUCAUGACAAACCACAUUAAACAACUUGAAAAAACAAGGAUGGAUGAACACUUUCGGAUGGCUUUCCUGUUCCAAGAGGUUUCCCCAGCUGAUUUCAUCAGAAUAUUUGAUGAUCGACUGCCACAAAUGCUGAAGUUUCUUGAUGACUUGGAGCAGUGUGCUGUUCAGUUAGACAGGAUGAACAAAGGAGCAAAGAUCUCCAGUGUAACAGGAAGCUCAGUUGGAGCAGUUGGAGGUGUACUUUCCAUUGUUGGUUUGGCAUUAAUUCCAGUUACAGCAGGAGUGUCUUCAGGGCUUAUAAUAGCUGGUGUGGCAAUCGGGGUAACAAGUGGAACCAACAGUUUGGUGACCACUGCGACAGAGUUUGGAGUAAAUCGUUCUAAUCAGAAAAGGGCAAAUGAAGCCUUUCAAAGUUUCAUGAAAGAUUUCCAAAGAAUCCAGAAUUGUCUUGAUAAGGUGGUGGAGCAACCAACAACAAGUCUGGAGCAAAGUGAAGUAGAAGUAGCGGUGGUAGUAGGCAAGAUCGCUUCUAAAGCAGGUACCAUAGGAAAGAGCAUUGAUUCAAUCGUUGAUACUGCUUCUGCUUUGAGGGCUUUAAGAACAGAAGAAGCUGUUGCAAGUGCAGGAAAAGUUGUAACACAAGAUGGAAAAGCACUACGCAACAUAUCGGGUAUGGCUGCAGAUGUUCCAGAUAUUGGUCAGGCAGCAGUGAAAGGGCCUCUGGCUCUCUCCAAGGGAGCUAGAGGGGGGUUUAUUGCACUUAAUGCCUUAUUUCUUGGUAUGGAUAUCUUCUUUAUCACCAAAGACAGCAUGAGUCUGGCCAAAGGCACCGAGGCUAAUCUCUCAAAGUUUCUCAGAGCCAGGAUUGCAUUAUUCCGCUCACAGAUCGAGUCAUGGGAGAAGAUUUGCUACACUUUGCUUCACAGUAAACUGACCAGCAAUAAAAACAAAGAUUUGCUCAAAAAGCUAUUUUUCCAAGUGAGAAGGAAUACCUAG